GAUGCGAGUGUUAAUUUCAGAAGCUCACCUUCAAAACCUUCUUCAGCGCUAUCGAUGGCGAUCACCGAGUUUCUGCCUAAAGAGUACGGAUAUGUCGUUCUUGUCCUGGUCUUCUACUGCUUCCUCAACCUUUGGAUGGGCGCUCAAGUCGGCAGAGCUCGCAAAAGGUACAAUGUGCAGUUUCCAACGUUAUAUGCUAUAGAAUCAGAAAACAAAGAUGCUAAGCUCUUCAACUGUGUUCAGAGAGGACACCAAAACUCUCUAGAGAUGAUGCCAAUGUACUUUAUACUAAUGAUCCUUGGUGGGUUGAAACACCCUUGCAUCUGUACUGGCCUGGGUUUGCUCUACAAUAUUUCUCGAUUCUUCUAUUUCAAAGGUUAUUCUACAGGAGAUCCCAUGAAGCGCCUCACCAUCGGGAAAUACGGUUUCUUGGGAUUGCUUGGUCUCAUGAUCUGUACCAUCUCCUUUGGUGUCACUCUGAUCCGUGGUUAGGCCAGUCCUUUGUGAGGUUGAUGGUUCUACGAACUUAUCCGGUCGUAAUGAGUUGUCUACAUAUAAUGUAAUAUUGUUAAAGUUCGUCAGGUUGUUGCUUACGGAACUUUUCUGAAGCACUAAAUCACGGCUUUACGUAAAACAAUGAAAUUUCACAUUCCUAUGCAAAAGUUUC